AUGUAAAAGACAAAGCUUGAGAAAUUUAUAUAGAAUUCAACUGCACCUUUUUCAUAGAAGUCUCAUUUAGCAUCAUUGAGUUCAACAUCGAAGCUGUAUGAUGAAAGAAAAAAACUGAUGCAAUAAAAUAAAUCAGAUGCAGCCUCUAAGAAUAGGGUUGAAUCUAAUAAUUCAGUAACAAGACUCUCUAUGCCCAAGGAAUCAAAAAGUACUUAACCUCAUCAAAGACAAAGAAGUUCAAACAAUUUUUCUAAGCUAAAUUCAAUAUAAUCAAGAAGCUUCAUUAAUGGAACGAAUAAUGGUAACUCAAGACCAAAAAGUGGACAAUUUAGAAAAGAAAGAUCAUUCACCCCAGUCAAGUCUAGAUAUGUAGAUAAUAAUUACUAUAACUAGAAUGAUUAAUUUGAAAACGAUAUUGAAGAAGAUGCUACAGGAGUAUAAGUAUUACAAACCAAGGAAAGUGUCGAAAUGAGGACAGCUUAUUAGUCAAAUCCCUAAAGUAGCAAAAAGAGAGAUAUGAUGGAAUAGUUUAUUGAGCCCGAGAACCUAGUUGGAUUGAAGGGCAUCAAGAAUGAAAUCAUAAAUAAAUAGUAGGAAAAGGAAGAAUUAGAGAUGAACAUUAAAUUCUUGUAAGAUUAGCUGAAAGAGGUUUCGAAAAAGUAUGAUGGCCUUGAUAAAGGUAACACUCUGGUGCAUAAGGAAUUCAAAAAGCUAACUACUGUAAAUGAUAGCUAGAUUGAAUAACAGAAAAUAGCCAUCGCAAACCUUUAAUAGCAUGUAAAAGAGCAAAAAGCACUUAUAUAGCUUGAAGUUGUAAGAAUUCCAUAAAGUGUCAUUUUUUAGAAAUAAAGAGAAGAAAUUAGAGGUCAAGUGCUGUUGCAGAGAAAAUAAAUUGAUGUAGCGAAGAAGAAAGUUGAUAUCUAGAAAUAGAAAUAUAAAGACUUCAAGAUUGGUACAAAUUAAUCAAUUAUGAAUAUGUCCGCAAUGAUAAGUACAACUUCUAAGACAAGCAACAAUAGCAAAUUCUUGACAUAAAAUAGAGGGUUUAUAUAAUCAAACAGCAACAAAUGA